CUGAAGUCAGGAUUCACUACUGAGUAGCCUAUUGCCCACAACUUUCGACCUAAUAUUGUCCCUUCACUUCUGCGCAUUCUUAUAACCUAACUCCCAUAGCCUACUGUGAUUUGAUUUUUUUCUGGCGUUAAUCUCACAAGUAUGACGGACCGUUGAGUCAGCUUUGUUUUGUUUUGUAUGUUGCGCUCAGUGAAAACUGGGCAAGUGGAUAUGAAUGAAAGCCCGAGAGCCGACGCCUAUGAAGGCUGACGAUUGGCUCGUGACGUCUGACAGCCGCUUCGACGUCGCCUCUCACACUAUUGCCGUCCGCGCGCGUAGGCGCAUUUAGACUGUGAAACUGAACUUGUUCUACACACCGACUGACUGAAACUCGCCGCCCUGUCCGGGCUUCCAUGUGGAAAUAUAGCGGUCGCUCCCUCCGGAAAGGAUAUUGUAUCUGUUGAACCUGCCAUUUCACCUCGCGCUUGAGCGCGCCAAGGAACUCUCGGGGAUACAAGCCUCAGUUUUGAAAAGGUGAUUAUUGGACGAAUAAUUCACACCUUUCAGCCGUUAUAUGUCACGUGGAUGGUGGAGUUAUGUAUUGACAUAACUGACAGAUUUCAAGGAAAGACAGUUUAUGUAUAAGCUACCGGUUGAUGCGCGGACCCUGUGGCUGCAGUAGCCUACUGAAAUUCCUCAGUAAGCUGGCAGGCGGGGGCGGGGGCGAGGGCCGGCUGAGCUGAGUGGUGGAGAUGGCUGAGCCUGGUGGUCAGCCGGAGAGCGGUGGAGGUGGAGGAAGUGGAGGAAGCGAGGGGGGAGGAGGCGAUGGCAGCAGCAGCCUCCAGAGGAAGAAGCCUCCAUGGCUGCGGCUGGACAUCCCCCCCAGCACCACCCACCAGCUCUCCCUGGACAUCGACACCCCCGCUUUCGUGCAGCCGAUGAAACGAGGAGCUUUCUUGCGGAGCGCUAGCAUGCCAGCGGAGCACACACACCAUGGUUACCCCGGAUACGAACCCCAUGACCUCAGGAGACCUCCUCUGCAGCGGCAGCCUUCAAUUACACAGACCAUCAAGAGUGAGAAAAAGGUUCGCUUUGAGCGGGUCAACACAGUGCCCGUGAAGGGCCAGCGGGGGCCCCGCUACCCACCGCGGAGGCAGCAGUCCCUGCCCAAAGUCGUCCUCAGGGGCACGGCGGACUGGUUCGGGGUGAGCAAGGACAGCGACACCACGCAGCGAUGGCAGCGGAAGAGCCUGCGCCACUGCAGCCUGCGCUACGGCAAGCUGAAGCCCCAGGUCAUCCGUGAGAUGGACCUGUCCAGCCAGGACAACUUGUCUAUGACCAGCACCGAGACGCCACCCCCGCUAUACGUACCCCCCGCUCAGCAUGGCAUGCAGAAGAUUGUGGACCCGCUGGCGCGUGGCCGCGCGUUCCGCAUGGUGGAGGAGGUGGACGGCUUCAGCGUGCCGCAUACGCCCAUCACGCCCGGCGCCGCCUCCCUCUGCUCCUUCACCAGCUCCCGCUCCGGCUUCGGCCGCCCGCCCCGACGACGCAAACGCCAGUCCGUCGCCAAGAUGAGCUUCCGUGCCGCCGCUGCACUCGUCAAGGGCCGCUCGCUGCGAGAGGCGCCCGUCCUCCAUCGCCGCACCCAUCGUCGCAGCUUCACCCCCGCCAGCUUCAUGGAGGAGGACACCAUGGACUUCCCUGAUGAACUAGACACCUCCUUCUUCACACGGGAUGGUCUUAUGCACGAGGAGCUGUCCACCUAUGCUGACGAGGUGUUUGAGACGCCAUCCGAGGCUGCCAUUAAGGAGGCAGAGACCGGCGGCUAUGGGGGGAUGAGUAAUGGCGAUGGGGGGCUCGCGGGAGACGAGAGUGAGCUGACGGGCAGCGCUCUGGACAAGAGCGAACUGGAGAGGAGCCACCUCAUGAUGCCUCUGGAGCGUGGCUGGCGUAAGGGCAAAGAGGGCCCACUGCAGGUGCAGCCCAAGGUGCGUUUGAGGCAGGAGGUGGUCAGCCUGAGUGGGGAGCAGCAGCGUCGGGGCCAGCGCAUCGCGGUGCCCGUGCAGAAGCUGUUCGCUCGGGAGAAGAGGCCCUACGGUCUGGGCAUGGUGGGCCGCCUUACCAACCGCACCUACCGCAAACGCAUCGACAGCUACGUCAAGAGGCAGAUAGAGGACAUGGACGACCACAGGCCCUUCUUCACGUACUGGAUCACGUUUGUGCACCUGCUCAUCACCAUCCUCUCUGUGUGCAUCCAUGGCAUCGCUCCCGUGGGCUUCUCACAGCACGAGACCGUGGACUCGGUAUUAAGAAACAAAGGAGUUUAUGAAAAUGUCAAGUUCGUACAGCAAGAGAACUUCUGGGUGGGACCCAGUUCUGAGAAGCUGAUCCACCUGGGUGCCAAGUUCUCCCCCUGCAUGCGGCGCGACGCCCAGGUGGCUGAGCUGAUGCAGGAGAAGAGGCAGGAGGAGAGACACUCAGGAUGCUGCGUCAGGAACGACCGCUCGGGAUGCCUACAGACCCCACAAGAGGAGUGCUCCAGUACGCUAGCGGUGUGGAUAAAGUGGCCUAAUCACCCCAGUGCUCCUGUGUUAGAUGGCAAACUACGCCAGUACGGCUCCGUGUGCCACCAGGACCCACGGACCUGCCUAGAGCCCGCCUCAGUGUCUCCCCAUGAGUGGCCUGAUGACAUCACUAAAUGGCCUAUCUGCACGCGGUACAACACAGGAAACCACACCAACCUGCCUCAUAUAGACUGUGCCAUCACUGGACGACCCUGCUGCAUCGGCACCAAGGGCAGGUGUGAGAUCACCUCCAGAGAGUACUGUGACUUCAUGAACGGGCACUUCCAUGAGGAGGCCACUCUCUGCUCCCAGGUGCACUGCAUGGAUGACGUGUGUGGCCUGCUGCCGUUCCUCAACCCCGAGGUCCCAGAUCAGUUCUACCGCCUAUGGCUCUCCCUCUUCCUGCACGCUGGGUUGCUCCACUGCCUGGUGUCGGUGCUGUUCCAGAUGACCAUCCUGCGUGACCUGGAGAAGUUGGCCGGCUGGCUGCGCAUCUCCAUCAUCUACAUCCUCAGCGGCGUCACCGGCAACCUGGCCAGCGCCAUCUUCCUACCGUACAGAGCAGAGGUGGGCCCGGCGGGCUCCCAGUUCGGCAUCCUGGCCUGCCUGUUCGUGGAGCUCUUCCAGAGCUGGCAGAUCCUGGCGCGUCCGUGGCGCGCGCUGGCCAAGCUGCUGUGCGUGGUGCUCUUCCUCUUCGCCUUCGGCCUGCUGCCCUGGAUCGACAACUUCGCACACGUCUGCGGCUUCGUCUCUGGCUUCUUCCUGUCCUUCGCCUUCCUGCCGUACAUCAGCUUCGGCCGCGCGGACAUGUACCGCAAGCGUUGCCAGAUCCUGGCGUCGCUGACGGUCUUCCUGGGCCUGCUGGCGGGGCUUGCCGUGCUCUUCUACGUCUAUCCGCUCAAGUGCGAGUGGUGCGAGCUGCUGACCUGCAUCCCGCUGACGGACAAGUUCUGCGAGAAGUACGAUCUCAACGCUCACCUUCACUGAGGAACUUUUUUGCCUUCGGGGAGAAAAAAAAAACAGCAGGAAAAUUCAUUGAGUGAGGGACGAUGAAAGGAUCAUGCAAGAGUAUCAGAAGCACGACCUUAAUGCCCACCUUCACUGAGGAACUUUUUGCCUUCAGGGAGAAAAAAAAAACAGCAGGACAACUGAGGGAGGGACGAUAACAUUAUCAUGUCAGUAUAUCAAAAGUACGACCUCAAUGCUCACUUUCACUGAGGAACUUUGCUUUCAGGAAGAAAAUCAGCUGGAAAAUUCAUUGAGUGAGGGACAAUGAAAGGAUCAUGCCAGAGUAUCAGAAGCACGAGUUGAACGCCCACCUUCACUUAGGAACUUUGCCUUCAGGAUGUUAAAACAGCAGGGCAAUUGAAUGAGUGAGGGACAAAAAGGAUCAUAUCAGAAUAUCAGAAGCAUGACUUUAACACCCACCUUCACUUAUGAACAGUAGGACAACUGGAGGGUGAAGGCGUGUUUGAGAAGGCAUUGAUGAAUAUCUACAUCAAUUGAAAAAUCAUGUAAAAGUACAACCUCCACAGCAAUCAUCUUCAGGAAAGUUCCCUUCAGGGAAAACAGCAGGACAGUGAAGGGUGAAGGUGUUGGUGGGCUUUUUAAGAAGGAAUAAUGUGUAUAAAUAAACAAAAGGAAAAUAUCAGGAUAUCAGAAGUACGAGUCGUACUGUACGAUACUCAACUGUAUGACCUCAACACCCAUCUUCAGUUUGUUUUUAGCAAGAGAAUACAUGCAGUAGAACUGGACCCCGUUUCCCGAAAGCAUCAUUGUUAACCAGUGGGAUUGAAAAUUUCCGAUGGGAAAUUUGCAUUGCAACCAAGUAAGUUGCUAACUUAGUUAGCAACAACGUUGUCGAGCAACGCACCCCUGCUAGCUCGAACUGGUGAUGGGCGUUUUGACUAUGGAUGGAUACGCAACUAAAUGAAAGGAUAUGACCAGGCGUCCUGUGUGAAGUAUGACCUCAAAGCUCACCACCACAGAGGAACUUUCAACUAGUAGAAAUGACGAGCUGUGGGGUGGACUUUUUGAGAAUGAAUGAAUGAAUGAAUGAAUACAUAAAUAAAUGAGAGGAUAGCAUCUGAAGAAGCAGCCUAGCAUGAUAGCUGUAUCUCACGCCAGUGCAUUCCGCGUUGAGUUGCGACGCCUUUGCAAGUUAAGUCGUGGUCUUCAACGCCUCGGAAAAGCAUGUGACGAGGUUUGCAGUUUUCCCACCGUGUUGGCGAAUUUCUAUUGCUAAACGAGAAAAUGCUAUGCUGUGCCCUAGCUAAAAACAUGUCUAACCUUAACCUGUCAGUAAAGCUGUUUCUGCGUCUUUACUUUUGCGAAGAACACUGAAACAAGCAAGGGAAAGGGGGAUUUUUUUCUGCAAAAUUGUGGCCAGACGAAACCAACCCUAAACCUAACCUGUCACUGGGCAUUGUGGAACACGAGUUAACUUGCAAAGGCGUUGUGAACAAGCGCGAUAGAUGGCUAAAAAAUCGCCGUGUUAUCUUACUUGGUUUUAUGAUGCCAUGUUGGAAGAAGAAUUCUGUGAGCAGUAUGACCGACCUCACCACCCACCUUCACUGUACGCCUUUUCUGACCUUUGAACAUCCAGGAAAAACAGAACUGGAAGGGAUGAGGGGCAGCGUGGUGGGAAAAGUGGUUUAAUACAUAAGAAUUUAACCUGUUAUGAAAUGGUAUAUAAAUGUCCUGUUACCAGAAUGGCAAUGACCAAGUCGUAAUGUAUUACUAAUGGCCCUGUGUUAUGUCACAGUAGUGUAGUACUAUGGUAGUUAACCUCUCAAUGACUAUUACAGUGUUCCACUGGUGGAACGGUGUGCAUUCUGAAUUGAAAAACAAGUAUAAUUUCAAGGCUUGGCCCCACUAAGGCUUUUCAAUCUUUCAAGGAAGAAAACCAAUAGAACUUUGUGGGGGUCAAUGACUUUUUUUUGUCUCAGAUGUCAGGUGGUACAACAACAGCUAAUGCCCAUUGAUUAUUGGUCAUUAAUGUACUGCAAUGAAUAUAGAUAAACCACUAAAACAAAGAAACAUAAUUAAAUCCAUACAAUAGUGAUUGUAGCUGUGGUUGCACCACCCUGACAUGUGCUACUACUAAGAUAGAAACGGACACCAAAUGAGUGUAAGAUGUCUAGACAAUUGGACAUUUUCUGGAGCAGCUCACUCACUCACCUCACACAAUCCUUCCUGUCUUUCACCAGGGUAAUAUAUCAACAGGACGGAGGAGAAGGCUUUUUUAUUUAAAGGGACACUGUGUGAGAUUUUUAGUUGUUUAUUUCCAGAAUUCAUGCUACCCAUUCACUAAUGUUACCUUUUUCAUGAAU